UCACCUCCCUCCGAUGCCUGGCCAGGACAGUGUGCUGAGAUGGGCUGGGAAGAAGUACGAGGAGUUGCCCAUAGCACAUAUCAAAGCCACAUAUAACAAUACACAUGUCCAGGUGACAGACUGCGAGGGCCAGUUCAUGGUCAGAACAUCAUGUGGAACAGAGGGGUUCAAGAACGUCAAGAAGUCCACUCCCAUCGCUGCUCAGACAGCAGGCAUCUCAGCUGCAGCGAAGGCCACGGUGGUGGGGGUGACGUUUGUCCGUGUGUUGGUGAAAGGUCUGGGUCCUGGACGCCUGUCUGCCAUCAAGGGUCUGACCAUGGGAGGAUUGAAGGUGGUGUCCAUCACAGACAACACCCCCGUACCACACAAUGGUUGUCGCCCUCGCAAYGCUAGAAGAAUAUGAACAGGACCGUACCAUCGUGGACUGCAGGGGUCCAUCUGUCUUGUYACAUGCUUCAUGUUGUUGUUGUAUGAAGACUAUUUUUUACUGGUAUUUAAGCAUUUUGGAAAAUACUUGUACAGGAAGUGAUGUUGGUAAAACAUUCAGGGCCCGUUUCCCAGACACAGAUUAAGCCCUGAAAAACAAGUUCAAUGUAAAAUCUUCAGUCCAGGACUAGGCUUUAUCUGGGAAACUGACCCUGCGUGCAUGUACCAGCACAUAGAACAUGAUGGGAACAUUAAAACAGCCUCGUUCUAGAUU